GGCUGCAGAAUUUGAUUCUGUUCUUCAAUUUGGAGCGAGAAUGUGCGGGAUAUUUGCGUACUUGAAUUUCAACGUCGGACGGGAGAGGAGAUACAUUCUGCAGGUCCUCUUCAACGGUCUCCGCCGUCUCGAGUACAGAGGCUAUGAUUCCGCCGGGAUUUGCAUCGACGAUUCUUUUUCUCGUGAUCCAAACACCCCUCAGUCCUCUCAUUCUCCCUCUCCUCCUCCUCCCCUCGUGUUUCGCCAGGAGGGGAACAUCGAGUCACUCGUCAAAUCGGUCUACCAAGAGGUAGCUGAGAUAGAUUUAAAUUUGGAGGAGUCGUUUUCUGUCCAUGCUGGAAUAGCACAUACCAGAUGGGCUACUCAUGGGGAACCGGCUCCAAGGAAUAGCCAUCCUCAGACAUCCGGUCCUGGCAAUGAGUUCUUGGUGGUUCACAAUGGAGUUAUUACUAAUUAUGAGGAGAUCAGACUGUCACAUUUAGCCAGGUUGUUCUUGAAGUUAUGAGACACCUUGAGGGAGCAUAUGCCCUCAUUUUCAAAAGCCAACAUUACCCAAAUGAGUUGAUUGCAUGCAAACGUGGAAGUCCAUUGCUCUUAGGUGUCAAAGAAUUAAAUGAAGAUAUAUGCAACGGAUCAGCCUUUUCUGAUUCUAAAUUUGUCUCAAAGGAUGGGGCUCCUAAAGAACUUUUUCUAUCUAGUGAUGCCAAUGCUCUUAUUGAGCACACAAAGAAAGUCUUAGUCAUUGAGGAUGGUGAAGUGGUUCAUCUUAAGGAUGGAGGUGUCUCAAUCUUAAAGUUUGAAAAUGACAAGGGCAGGCGUGGAAGUGGUCUUUCUAGACCUGCCUCAGUGCAACGUGCAUUAUCUGUUCUCGAAAUGGAGGUCGAGCAAAUAAAUAAAGGAAAAUAUGAGCAUUACAUGCAGAAAGAAAUUCAUGAACAGCCAGAAUCUCUAACAACCACAAUGAGAGGGAGGCUUAUAUGUGGAGGUUCCUGCAAAUCUCAGACUGUUCUUCUAGGUGGACUAAAGGAUCACCUUAAAACGAUUAGGAGAAGUCGGCGGAUUGUUUUCAUUGGAUGUGGCACCAGUUAUAAUGCUGCUCUAGCUGCAAGACCCAUCUUGGAGGAACUUUCUGGUGUCCCUGUUACUAUGGAAAUUGCUAGUGAUCUAUUAGACCGGCAGGGUCCUAUUUAUAGGGAGGAUACAACAGUUUUUGUGAGUCAAUCUGGUGAAACAGCAGACACUUUGCGUGCUCUCGAGUAUGCUUUAGAAAAUGGUGCAUUAUGUGUUGGCAUAACAAAUACUGUUGGUAGUGCAAUAGCCCGGCAUACACACUGUGGCGUUCAUAUAAAUGCUGGUUGCGAGAUUGGUGUUGCAAGUACCAAGGCAUACACAAGUCAAAUAGUAGUGAUGGCCAUGUUAGCUUUAGCAAUUGGAGCUGACACAAUUUCUAACCAAGCAAGAAGAGAGGCUAUAAUAGAUGGCCUAUUUGACCUGCCAAGUAAAGUUAGAGAAGCACUGAAACUUGACCAGGAAAUGAAGGAGCUUGCAAAACUAUUGAUGAAUGAGCAAUCACUUCUUGUGUUUGGGAGGGGAUACAACUAUGCAACAGCUCUGGAGGGUGCUUUAAAAGUGAAGGAAGUGGCUCUUAUGCAUAGUGAAGGAAUACUUGCUGGAGAAAUGAAACAUGGUCCCUUGGCUUUAGUUGAUGAAACUCUUCCAAUUUUUGUUAUUGCUACUCAUGAUGCCUGCUUCAGCAAGCAGCAGUCAGUCAUUCAUCAACUUCAUGCUCGCAAAGGUCGCUUGAUAGUCAUGUGUUCAAAGGGAGAUGCUGCUUCUGUGUGUCCUGGGGAAUCUUGUAGAGUAAUUGAAGUUCCUCACGUUGAGGAUUGUCUUCAACCUGUGGUUAAUAUAGUUCCAUUGCAGUUACUGGCAUAUCAUCUCACGGUUCUUAGGGGUUACAAUGUUGAUCAGCCUCGGAAUCUUGCAAAGAGUGUGACAACAGAGUAAUGGGUUUCUACUGGCAAAUCUCAUGUUGCUAAUUUUGUUUCUACUCACCCUCUUUUCCUCCAAUGAAGCACCCCUUGCAUCCACCGAGAUAGUUUCCCUCACUCACGUCCAUAUUUUUUUUCUUUAUUCGUUACAGUACACUAUGUCCAGUAUGUAUUGUAAAUUGAUAGUAUAGAAACCAAUCGAACUCAUGGCGUCUUCUCUUUGUUAACUUUUGAAUCUUUUUAAAGAUAAAUUAGACGUCUAAAAGGUCCAUUUUUUGCUGCUGAAAAAAUGCGAUGACAGCUC